AUGGUCAGCACCGUCUUCGGUCUGCCUCUCAAGCAUGUCUCGCUCGCCGUUCUCACGCUUCAAAACACCGCGCUCGGUGUUGUGAUGCAUCAAAGUCGUGUGUCAGCACCCGUCGGACAAGCCUACUUCUUUCCCACGGCGGUAUUGCUCACAGAGCUUCUCAAAUGCCUCAUAUCCUUUGCCAUCGCCGCCGUCUCAAUACCUGCAUCCAGCGACUCGCUGCCCCUUCCAACAUCAUCAAAUCACACAGCAGCUCCAAAACGUAGACAGUCGAAUACCGAAUACGAUGCAUUGCGGCCCAGCUCGCUCUCAGCCUCUCCGCAUACAGCCGAUGGCGGAGCGUCCGCAAAAACGCGCUCUAAGCUCAAAGUCGUCCUCGACGAGGUCGCGGCCGAGGACUACUGGAAGCUCUCCAUCCCUGCUUUCCUUUACGUCCUGCAGAACAAUCUACAGUACAUUGCCGUCUCCAACCUCGAGCCGCCCGUCUUCAUUUGCGCCUACCAGAUGAAGAUCUUGACCACAGCCUUGUUCAGCAUCGUCCUCCUGCGCAAGAAGAUCGGCGCAUGGCAGUGGCUCUCCCUUGGCAUGUUGGCCGUAGGUGUCGCCAUCGUCCAGAUCCAGAGCAAGUCGGUCUCCGGCCUCGUCCCAUUCGAGGUGCAGACUCAUGGAUACGGGCACGUCUCCGCAGGCCGCGUCGCCGAUUUGCCCCCUCCACCACCACCUCCUCCCUUCGACGCUCACCGCGCACCGCCACCAGAGCGACUCGACCGCAUCGGCUCCUUCCUUUCGGGCUCGGAUACCAAAAACUACGACCAACUCCCUCCCUCCUCGCCCUCCUUUGAUGGCUCUCGCAUUUCUAUGAGCAUGGAGGAAAGCGCAAAAGCAGAUACCCCUAUGCAGCCUAUUCAGGGUUUCCUCGCAGUCAUCGCCGCUUGCUUCACCUCUGGUCUCGCUGGCGUCUAUUUCGAAAUGGUCCUCAAGACUUCGAGCGCAAACCUCUGGGCGAGGAACGUGCAGCUUUCCGGCUGGUCCUUGCUUCCCGCUGCGCUCCCUGUCCUCCUCGAGAUGGCCCGUCACGGCCCCUCCUCGCCCUUCUUGCAUUUCGGCGCAAGCGCGUGGGCCACGGUUGCGCUCCAAGUUACUGGAGGUCUCGCCGUCGCCAUGGUCAUCAAGCACGCCGACAACAUCUUGAAAGGCUUCGCUGUCAGCUUCAGUAUCGUGCUCAGCUUCAUCUUUAGCGUCGCCUUCUUCAACUUUCCCUUCACGGCUGCCUUCGCGGUCGGUGUAUCACUUGUCAUUUUGAGCACCUUGUCGUAUGCUCGUGGCCCUACCAAAAGCUUCAAAGCAAUCUCGUCCAGCUGGAGCACCAGAUCAGAUUCAGUCUCAUCCUCUGCAGCCUCGGCCUUCCGCGACAAGGCGAGGCUGCUCAGAGAUUGA